GUCAGUACUGAUCAUGAAGGCACGCGUGAUGUGGUUGGCAGGAUGGAUGUGCUAAUCAUGGAUGUGGACUGCGCGGUAUGGCAUCCACGUCCACGCCAUAUAAGGGCUGCUUGUCGAUCUCUUCAAGCCAUCACCUCAGCACUCAACACCCCUUCAAAUCAGCGACCUACUCGUCCUCACUCUACUCUCACAGCCCAACCUCCUCCGCGCCAACCUAUUCACAACAAUGACCGUCUCCAACAUGUCCUUCCGCGACGCCAUCGAGGCCCGCCGCUCGUACUACAACAUCACAAACAAGUCGACCCUCUCCAACGAGCAGCUUGAGCAGCUCGUUUCGGACGCGAUCAAGUACACGCCAUCGUCGUUCAACUCGCAGACCUCGCGUGCUGUGCUCGUGACGGGCGAGAAGAACAAGGCGCUCUGGUCGGCGAUUUGGGAGGCGCACAAGGCCAACCUUAAGCCUGAGGAGGUCGCUGUCUACGAGGACAAGUUCGCCAACUCGUACUCCGCCGGCUACGGUACCAUUGUCUUCUACGAGGACCAGGACGCGAUUGACACCUUUGUCAAGAACUUCCCCAUCGUCCAGUACACCAUCAAGGACUGGGUCCAGAACUCGAACGGCAUGGCCCAGUACAUUGCCUGGACGGCGCUGGCCACGCACGGCAUGGGUGCCAACCUCCAGCACUACGGCCAGUACGGCCCCGCCAACGCCGAGGCCAUCAACAAGAACCUCGGCGUCCCUUCGGGAUGGAAGGUCCCCAUCGCCCUCCUUGCCUUCGGCGUCCCCACCGACAUCCAGGCCCCCGGCAACCCUGCCUACCCCAAGACGUUCCAGCCUCUCAUCGAGGGUGAGACUGGCCGUGUCCUUGUCCGCCACUAAGCGGGGGGGGGGGCAGCAGUAUGGGUGCAGU